ACACACACAUAAGCUAUACACACACCAUCAUCACAAUUCCAUCAUAUAUGGAGUAACAUAUCCUGUCACUACUUCUAUCUACUAAAAGUCUAAAACUACACAACCCUACCCUUCCGACACACUUCCAUUCUAGCUUUAGCCAAUUCACUAUGCCUUCAAGGCUCUCAGAUGCCUUCAAUUCCCACAAACACUUGGACUUCAAUUCAGUGAAACAAUUACCAGAGUCUCAUGCAUGGUCUAGUACAGUCGACGAAGAGCACUUUUCCGGUGACCCUUCGAGCAUAGAGUCAGUGCCAGUUAUCAAUCUGAGUGACCCAAAUGCCCUAAAACUUGUGGGGCAUGCAUGCAAAACAUGGGGUGUUUUCCAAGUGACAAACCAUGGCAUCAAAAACAGCCUUCUCGACGACAUUCAGUCCGUUGGAAGGAACCUUUUCUCUCUACCUAUGCAACAGAAGCUCAAAGCCGCUCGUCCUCCAGAUGGUGUCUCCGGUUAUGGCAUGGCUCGCAUUUCUUCCUUCUUCCCAAAGCUUAUGUGGUCUGAAGGCUUCACCGUAUCUGGUUCGCCCCUAGAACAUGCUCGAAAACUUUGGCCCCAAGAUUACAACAAAUUCUGUGAUGUAAUUGAAGAAUAUGAGAAUGAGAUGAAACAAUUAGCUGGGAGGCUGAUGUGGCUCAUGCUCGGGUCAUUGGACAUAAACAAGGAAGAUGUCAAUUGGGCUGGCUUAAAAGGAGAGUUCAAAGACUCCAAGGCUGCAUUGCAGUUCAACUCUUACCCGGCUUGUCCGGACCCGGACCGGGCCAUGGGUCUUGCCGCGCACACGGACUCAACCCUCCUAACCAUCCUCCACCAAAACAAAACUAGUGGUUUACAGGUCUUCCAGGAGGGGAUCGGUUGGGUCAUGGUUCAUCCCCUCCCAGGUACACUCACGGUCAAUGUAGGCGAUCUCCUUCACAUAUUGUCCAACGGGUUGUACCGGAGUGUGCUCCACCGGGCUGUGGUGAACCGGACUCAGCACCGGCUUUCCUUUGCCUUCCUAUAUGGGCCACCUGACACAGUUCAAAUCUCACCACUCUCAAAACUUGUGGACCAAAUUCACCCUCCUCUCUACCGGCCGGUCACUUGGAACCAGUAUCUCGGGACCAAGGCCAAACAUUUCAACAAGGCCCUGUCCACAAUUCGGGUUUGUUCUCCUCUAAACGGGUUUGACACAAAUGAUGAUGAAAGAGUUAAAGGCGGUUAGAGGAGAUUAGAUUAUUAUUGUUUUGUUCUUAUUUAUUUAUUUUUUUUUUUCUGUUUUUGGGUAAUUGGUUUAUUAUUGUUAAUAGUUCGUGUUUUCAUGUUAAUUCAUGCCCUAUUGAUUGGCCAUGUUAUAAGCCAAUUCUCACUAUUUGGAGAGUUGUGAGGAGUAUAAUACAUGAUAAAAUAGUAAAUGGUCCUAAAAUAUGCGGCCUAGUUGAAUCAAAAUUCUUUAAUCGAAAAAUGUGGAAAAAAUCUGAACAUAAGUCAAAAUUCAGGUAUACUAUCAAGUCAGAUGCGGUCAACAAUUUUCUAAUUCACUAACUAAGAAAAGCAACUAAAAAAA